GGUACGACGAAGAAGCCGAGUGAUGGUGCCCGUGAAAAGGCAUCUUCACCAAGAGCAAAGAAGCUCAGGCGCCGAGAGUGACGGGGGGGUUUAAAGGGAAGUGAGGCCCUUUGGGGAUAUGUAGUCACAACUAGGACGGGUUGGAGCUUUGGAGGGAAGUUUGGGGGGGAAAUGCGGGAUGCGGUGCCUUGGGGGAGGCUUAGUCAGCUUUGAUAUACGAUGUCAGUGCACGCUGAAAGCUCCAUCUUCCCCAAUAACUAGAUGUUGUAUAUAAAUUAGAUUUGACACUUUUUGACAAGACAAAAAUCAGUAAAUAUAUCUCUUGCGAACAUAAAGACUCUCACCCUAUUUUGCCGCCAAUCUUUCAUUUUCUCCAUAUCGCUCGUUGAGGGUUCUCUGUGUGGUUUCUCGGUGUCCUCAGUAUCCAAAAUGGCUGAUUCCUCACCUUCGGUGCCCAAGGCAUUAUUGCUUCUUCCACCUCCUCCGCAUCCCUCUGCCUACUCUGGGCUGGAAGCAUCUUAUAGACCGCCUUUAUCAUCUAGCUUGCGAGCAGUCUCUAAGAUGCCAAACAGCUCUUCAGACGCGGCUAUUCUGGACAUUGCACUUCCCUGCCCCCACCUGGCUGAUAGAGUUGCUCGGCCGAGGAGCAAGUCGUAUGCACAGACUCAAAAACUGCUGGCAGCUGUCUAUAAAAUCAUUUGUGUCAUUUGUGCCCAGGACUCCAUAGAACUGGAAGGAGCUGGUGGGGUUGAUUUCAGAGUUUUGCUCGUUGCACUUGAUCGUGAGGACGGCUCAGUUUCGGAGCCGCAGAUACCCUAUGGCCCGGUCAUUGAUCUUCCAACACUUGCUCUGCACCCAGAACGAUGGCAUAAGCUAUUUUCAACCGAAGGGGAGCCUGGAGAGGGCUUGCUCCAGCAAUUCUCUCGACUGGCGGCCCACAACCCAAGAGCCCCGAAAGGAAACCUACCUGUCGAGAGAGUACCGGGAGGAAUAGGACUGAUACAUCCUGGAUCAAACCUACAGACAGACAUUGGGGCUGUUGAUAUACCCCACCGCGAAUAUUCUGCUGCUGCGGUAGGCGGCACAUUUGAUCAUCUUCAUGCAGGGCACAAGCUUCUCUUGACAAUGACAGCAUUCUUGCUAGAACCCGAUGCCCAAUCCCAUUCUAUGCCACGACGUCUUAUCGUGGGUAUCACUGGCGAGGAACUACUCAAGAAUAAAAAAUAUGCAGAGUUCCUUGAAGGUUGGGAGACGCGACAACAACGUGUUGGAGCCUUUCUCCAGGCUACCCUCGGCUUUCCAUUCACGGAUCAGACCCUGUUUCGCGAAGUCCGCUGUGACGGAUCAGAGCCAAAUGAAAAGGUCGUGAAAAAGCAUUUGGGACCAAACUUUAUCGUUGAAUGUGUGGAGAUCUCGGAUCCGUUCGGUCCUACAAUCACGGACGAGUCCAUUUCGGCACUCGUUGUGUCGGCGGAGACGCGCUCGGGGGGCAAAGCAGUUAAUACGAAACGAGCUGAAAGGGGGUGGCCAGACCUAGCCGUAUUUGAAGUUGAUGUCCUUGACGCCGAAAUUGGGACCGCCUCUGACUCUGGCAAGGAUGCCAAAUUGUCAGAGGAAUAUGCAACAAAGAUUAGCAGCACCGGCAUUCGUCAGCAAAAGGCAGCAAACGCAGCAAAAGCAACUGCUGGGUGAUUUUGCUAGGGCACGGCACAGCUAGAAUUCAUUUCUCAAAAACUCUUACGCUUGAUCUAGUAGACAUCGAGAAGGGCAAAUAGCUGAAUUAUGCAGCCUCUCUCAACGUGACACGCUGCAUAUGUUUCUGAUCUUGCUUCGCAA